GGCGGCACCUCCGGGGCCGCGCUUCAUUCUGCUUCUGCUUCCUGCCGGGGAUCGUUUGAACGUGUUCGAGGGGGUGGGUAUAACUUAAACUUGAAGAUUUUCAUCUGUGACUGUUGUCAGAAAAGAUGAAGAAAACUACCUGGAGUAGAAAGAACUUUCUGCUUGUAGCCGGACUGUCACUAAUAGGUGUCCAUUUGGGAAGUUUGCUUGUAAACUAUGUUGCAAAAAAGUCUGCUCAAUCUCAAUCAGAAGCUAAGAGAUCAUCCUGAAUGAAGUAGCUUCCUGCUGUCACUAUUGGCCAGUUUUGCAACAUGAUUAAAACCUUGUUUUAGGAGAUCUGUGAUCAGUAGUUUCAGGAAUGUUAUUUAUACUGUUUCACACUGAAAAUAAUAAUCCUUACCUGCAAAGAAUUAAAAUAUACUACUCUUUAAGUUUAGAAGUGCAAUGAAUUAUAGAUCCAAGUAAAAAUGAAACAUUUUGUUGGCUAGAAUUA